AUGGUCCAUCAAACCCACCUCAAGCCCCUAGCUGCAUGCUCAAACCCGACUCGACCCGACGACCAUGACGCUGAUGACCUCAUAUCUCCAUUCGGGAAGCUCGAUGACCUAGACGGCGAAGACCUUCUGCAAACCGCAUACGAGAUUUUCUUCACGGCGUGCCGGUCAUCACCCGGAUUCGGUGGUAGGAGUGCGCUCACAUACUAUAACCCGUCGGAGGGAAGUGACGGGUCCGGAUCUGGACCUGGUUCACCGGUGAGAAAUGGCGUGGGAAUGGCGGUGACGAGUCGGGUAAAGAGGGCGUUGGGGUUGAAGAUGCUCCGGCGGACGCUGUCGCGGCGGACCAGCUCGUGUGGGUCGACGCCGUCGUCGCCUACCGAUGGUGGUGGUGGUGGUGGGACGGGGUCAAGCCCCGCGAUAGCGUUCACGGUGCCUCAGCAGGGGAGGCCGCGGCGGCCGAUGACGUCGGCGGAGAUAAUGAGGCAGCAGAUGAGGGUGACGGAGCAGAGCGAUACUAGGCUGAGGAAAACUCUCAUGAGGACACUUGUUGGCCAAGUACGUAAUAUGGGCAGGCGUGCUGAGACAAUAAUCCUCCCACUAGAGCUCCUCCGCCACCUAAAGCCAUCGGAAUUCAAUGAUGCCCAUGAGUACCAUUUAUGGCAAAAGCGUCAGCUCAAGAUCCUUGAGACAGGACUGCUACUCUAUCCUUCAAUCCCACUCGACAAAUGCAACCCAUUCAUUGUACGUCUCAGAGAGAUCAUCCAUGGCAGUGAGACGAAGGCAAUAGACACUGGAAAGAACUCCGAGAUCUUGAGAACACUUUGCAAUUGUGUGAUUUCUUUAUCUUGGAGAAGCCCUGAUGGAUCUCCCACUGAUGUGUGCCAUUGGGCUGAUGGGUUCCCCCUCAACGUCCACAUCUACAAUGCGCUUCUCCACUCGAUCUUUGACUUGAAGGAUGAAACAUCAGUCCUAGAUGAGGUUGAUGAACUUCUUGAGCUCAUGAAGAAGACAUGGUCUACAUUGGGAAUCAACAGAUCAAUACACAACUUGUGUUUCACAUGGAUGCUAUUUGAACAAUAUAUCGUGACAGGACAAGUGGAGUUGGACCUGCUUGGUGCAUCACUAGCUAUGUUGGCUGAAGUAGCAAAUGAUGCCAAGAAAGUGGAUCGAGAGCCUAUAUAUGUUAAGAUGUUGGGAUCGAUAUUGACUUCAAUGAAACACUGGUCAGAGAAGAGAUUGCUUGAUUAUCAUGGAAGUUUUCAUAUGGGAUCAGUAGGCCUGAUGGAAAACGUUCUUCCAUUGGUAUUUUCAGCUACAAAGAUAUUGGAAGAAGAUGUUCCAGGAAAUACGACUACAGCUCAAGAAAGAGGGGAGGUACCUUCUAAUUCAACAGGGAAUAGGGUGGAUUACUACAUCCGAUCAUCGUUGAAGAAUGCAUUUGCAAAGAAGAUGCUGGAAAAUGGAAAUGUCAGUGCCACAACUCUAGAUGUGCAAGAAGUGAGUGAGGUUCUUGUUAAAUUAGCUAAAGAAACUGAAGAUUUAGCUAUGAAGGAAAAAAUAACUUUUAGUCCCGUACUCAAGAAAUGGCACCCAAUUACAGCCGGGAUUGCAGCUGUAACACUUCAUUCUUGCUAUGGAACCUUAUUGAAACAAUACUUAGCUGGGGCAUCCUUGCUCACGAAUGAGAUAAUCAAAGUGUUGCAGAGGGCAGGGAAUCUAGAAAAUGUUUUGGUUCAGAUGGUGGUUGAAGACUCUGUUGAUUGUGAAGACGGAGGCAAAACAAUCGUGAGGGAGAUGAUUCCGUAUGAAGUUGAUUCAAUCAUAUUAAGCCUUCUAAAACAAUGGAUUCAAGAGAGGUUGAAACAAGGGAAGGAAGUUCUUCAAAGAACAAAAGAAACUGAAACAUGGAACCCGAAGUCCAAAACUGAGCCAUAUGCACAAUCAGCUGUAGAGCUAAUGAAACAUGCCAAAGAAGCUGUGGAUGAUUUCUUUGAAAUUCCAAUAAGCAUUUCCGAGAAUUUAGUUCAUGAUCUUGCUGAUGGCUUGGAGCUUCUCUUCCGAGACUACACUACCUUCGUGGCAUCAUGUGGUAAAAUUAACUCUCAUUUUUUUAGAUAUUUUUCUAUGGAUGAUGCUAUGACCCCAUGUUUUCCUCUGUUUAGCUCUAAUUUUUGCUAUCACUGUAGAUCAAAACAGAGCUAUAUCCCCACCCUCCCUCCUCUAACACGAUGCAGUAGAGACUCAAAAUUCCUGAAAUUGUGGAAAAAAGCUAGCCCUUGCAGUGUUGUUGUAGAGAAUCCAAACCAGAAUGAAUCAAAUGAAGGCAAUCAUCCACGCCCUUCAACAAGCCGAGGAACACAACGCCUCUACAUUCGCCUUAACACCUUGCAUUAUUUUCUUUCACAGCUUCACUCACUUGACAAAACAAUAUCCCUCUCCCCCCGAGUUGUUCCCUCACCACACUACCGCUUCAGUAACAAUCGGAGACAACAUGGUAGUCCCUACUUUGACCACACCCGUUCAGCCAUUCAAGUAGCCUCCCAACAUGUGUCAGAAGUUGCUGCCUACCGUUUGAUCUUCCUUGACUCGAACAGUGUAUUCUAUGGAAGUCUAUAUGUUGGUGACGUAGAAAAUGCACGUAUUCGUCCAGCUUUAAGAAUUUUAAAGCAGAAUCUUACUCUUUUGUGUGCAAUGGUCACAGACCGGGCCCAACCACUAGCAUUGAAAGAACUUAUGAAGGCCUCUUUUGAGGCUUACCUAAUGGUCUUGCUAGCUGGGGGAAGCUCCCGAAUCUUUUCGAGGUCAGACCACGAAAUGAUUGAGGAGGACUUCGACAGUUUGAAACGCGUGUUUUGCACAUGUGGAGAGGGUUUGAUCGUGGAGGAUAUGGUGGAGAGGGAGGCUGAGACAGUGGAAGGGGUGGUGGCAUUGAUGGGUCAAUCAACUGAGCAAUUAGUUGAAGAUUUCAGCAUUGUGGCUUGUGAGGCAAGCGGGAUAGGCGUGGUGGGCACAGGGCAGAAACUGCCUAUGCCUCCAACAACAGGAAGAUGGAAUAGAGCAGAUCCCAAUACGAUAUUAAGGGUAUUGUGCCAUCGAAAUGAUCGAGCAGCAAAUCACUUCUUGAAGAGGACAUUCCAGCUAGCAAAGAAGAGGUAA